AUGGAGGAACAGGCAAUCACGAUAUUACUGCUAGGGGACGAGAGAUGCGGAAAGUCGACAUUUCUAUCGAGACUGAGCCAGGGGCGCCAUACCCUCGGUGGUGCAGCGCCCAUCACCCUGCUCAGAGACAUGGACCAACCCUUCGUCGUCGAAAUCCGCACUCGGCGAGGACAGUACCGCUUCCAGUUCUAUGACACUUCGAGUCCCGAAAGCUGGAGACUGCUCCAGCCAGACAUGGUCAUCAUAUGCUAUGAUAUAAGCCAGCGGCUGAGCCUCAUCAACAUGCAACGGGUGUGGAUAAAGGAGGUCCGGUCGACGUUCGCAUCGAGCGAUGUCCUGCCAAUCCUGGUGCUGGGCCUCAAGCGGGACCUGCGAUCAGAGGACGACCCCAAUGGCAUCAUCUACCCGCAAGAGGCCUACCGCGUGGCGCAGGAGAUGCGGGCGGACAAGUAUAUGGAAUGCUCGGCCGUGACUGGCGAGCUGAUGACCGAGGUGUUUGACGACAUUUGCAGCACCGCCCUAAAAACCACCACGCCGGAUGGAGGGCAGAGCGAGGGCGGAUGUGCCGUCAUGUAG